UGUCAAACCGCACCGUCGCCGUUUGUGUUUUUGUUUAUGUUUUCGUGUGAUCGAACAAGUGAUUUCACUCGCGAUUUUCCCGGUUUUCCGUCCCGAAUCGCUUCUACCCGGCGACAUCACAUCAUCAUGAGUGAAAGUGACGAAAGCGGAUCCAACAGCAGCCGCGGACGCCAUGGGGACAGCAGCUCCGACGGUAGUCCCAACGAGCUGGACCCCACCAGUGCCGGCUUCAAACCCUUGCGUGUGCUUUACUCGCGGAAACCGCAAGCUGUUCCGGUGCCUGGUGCCCGGUUGCACGACAACGUGGGCACGUUCGAAUCUCGCUUCGGCCAGCUCGGAGGCUUCCAUCAGCAGUACAGCGACGAGCGGUUGAAGGAAAUCCACCAGGCUAGGGCGGCCACCUCCAAGCGGGCGCAAAUGCAACUACCGAGUUCGUCGUCGUCGGAGAUGCCCCAGCGGCGGUUUCUGCCGCAUCAAGGUAUGAUCAAAGCGGAAAAACCGGCCAAAUUCAGUCGGAACAUUCUGAUGAAGCUGGAGAAGACCGAGGGUCCGCUGGAGCGGAUGCGGUCCUGGAUGCGGGAGCGCGUUCGGGUGAAAGUUUACACGCGCAAGCAGAACGGCAUCCGAGGCUACGUAACCGGGUUCGUGGAGGUGUUCGACAAGCACUGGAACAUGGCCCUGGUGGAUGUUUACGAGUCGUGGAAGCGUCGCAAGUAUCGUUACUCGGAGAAUAAGCUGUGCGUGCUGGGACAGCCCCAGGAUUGCUCGGAGCUGCUGACAAAGAUGGGCAUUCAGGUGCCGGAGGUUAGCGUUCGGUCCGCGGGGAGGAAGUACGUGAUGUGCAGUCGGAGGGUGCCGAAGUUGAUGAUCCGGGGAGAGCAGGUGGUGCUAGUGACGCGGGAUAAUGAUGGAGCAGAGAAGGGAGACACGUAAAAGGAAUAAAGGCAGUGUUUUGUUGAAAUAUA